CCUACCCUCUUAGGCGCAAAAAAAUUUAAUCAAAAAGUGCCACUGAGAUUACUUGCCUCCGUUGCUUAUCAAAUGUCUGAUUCUUUGCCUUUUCCUGAAUCCUCCUCCCUACUUGAAGAACUUCCCAUCAAGCCAUCCCCCUACCUAGUACCUGCUACCCUAAUCCACCAUUUUUUUCUUCUUCUUCUCUCAUUCAUCAUCUCCAAACACUCCGAUGUCCGGCCACCGCGAAACCAAUCCUUAUUUCCUCCCUUUUUCUAACCAGCCAGAACCUGACCCCAACCGCCGUCACCCUCGCCUGCACCCGCAAUACGAGUAUCCACAACGACUACCUACUCCCACUCCCCAUUCUCCUCCACCACCACAGCCAUCAUCACCACCUCAUCAAACUCCACACCGCACCCCCACUCCUCAUGUCCCUCCACCUCAACACCGAACUCGAACUCGAACUCCCCCGCCCCACCCCGGACCCGAAACUGAUCAUUUCCCAGUCCACCAACCUCAGCACCAAACUCAAACUCCCCCGCCCCGCCACGGACCCAAAACUGAUCAUUUCCCAGUCCACCAACCUCCGCACCAAACUCAAACUUCCCCGCCCCACCACUCUCAGCCGUCACCGGACGAACCAACCCACCCCUCCCCGAAAAUAAGAAUGCCCUACGGGCGCAAAACGAGGUUCUACACGUGGCUACUUGGAGCCUUCUGCGCGCUCUUCUGGAUCGCCGUCGUCCUCGGAGGCCUAGUGGUCCUCGUAGUCUACGUCCUCUUCCGUCCCCGUGGACCGAAGUUCGACAUUGCUGCCACCUCCCUCAACGCGGCCUAUCUCGACAUGGGUUACCUCCUGAAUGCCGACAUGACCAUCCUCGCAAACUUCACCAACCCGAGCAAAAAGGCGACCGUGGAUUUCCACUACAUCUACGUGAAUCUCUACUUUGGAAACACGCUCAUCUCGACGACUUACGUGGAACCGUUCAAGGCUAUGAAGACGGAGUCCGCGUUUCGGAAUGUUCAUCUGGUCAGUAGCCAGGUGGGGCUGCCUCUGAGAGAGAGACAGAAGAUGAUGCAGCAGAUUGAGGGGAACAGAAUCAGGUUUGAGGUGAAGGCUUCGUUGAGAACAAGGUCAAAUCUGGGUAGUUUGUUUCGGUACUCGUACUGGUUGUUUGGGCAUUGUCUCAUUGAGGUGACUGGCCCUCCUAGUGGUGUCUUGGUAGGGAAGAAAUGCACAACAAAACGCUGAGACAUGGAGACUGCAAUGUGGUGGAGUUUUUCCUCUGUUUGGUUUUUGUUUUUCCAUUUUUGGAACAGGUUUAAUUUAUAUUCUAUGGCUAUAAACCUGGUAAUUUGUAUUUA